AUGCCGCUAAUCCAAUGCUCCCCGCGCGUCCUCCUCCUCCGCUGCCAACGCUUCACGCCGCACCACCCAUUCCCCGCUUCCACUUUGGCCCUCCCCGUCCGCCGCUCCACCGCCCUCCGGGCCGAGCCGGAGCCCCAGCCGCAGCCGUCCACUUCCACUGCCGAGCCGCCGGGCACCUACGACGACAGCGGGGACGGCCCCGUGGAAAUCCGCGCCCCGACGCUGUUCUCCGUCGACGACAACCCCACCCCGCUGCAGGUCGCCACGAGCGUCAUGCUCACCGGUGCCAUCUCCGUCUUCCUCUUCCGCUCCCUCCGCCGCCGCGCUCGCCGCGCCAAGGAGCUCAGGGUGCGGUCCGGUGGGAUGAAGAAGCCCAGGAACCUGAGCGAGGAGGCCCUGGAGGCGCUGAGGAUGGUGAGCACCUCGCCGGUGGAGACUAAUAAACCGCCGUCGCCCGUGCAGGCGCUGCUCGGGGGAAUUGCGGCCGGGGUCAUCGCGCUGUUCCUGUACAAGUUCGCUAGCACCGUCGAGGCCUCGCUCAACCGGCAGACCAUCUCCGACAAUUUCUCGGUUCGCCAGAUAACAGUAACAAUAAGAACAAUUAUAAAUGGGCUGUGCUACCUAGCAACAUUUGUGUUUGGAAUCAACGGGGUGGGAUUGAUACUCUAUUCCCUCCAGCUUACUUUUAACUCUCUCAUGGACGAUGACUCUAGCAGCUCAUCCGUAGAGAAAAUCAGCGAGCAAUCCAGCACAAUGGCUUCAUCUAGUAGCUCCACAAGUGACAGCGUAUCGGACAGUAGUGACUUGCAGCAGAUCUCGGACAAGAGUAAAAACUCAUCGGAGUAG